AUGAACUCCGGGAACCCGACACGUGGCGGAGUGGCCGAUCAGGCACUCCAAUUAGUGCUCGAAAUGAAGAGAAACCCGGAUGUGAUGCCGCCAUACAACACCGAGCUCGUCCGGCAGUGCACCGCCCGUAUUGAGGAGCUUUUUCAGAAAAACGCAAAAGUUGUGUAAGUUAUAGCUCACAAAUGAAUUGAUUAUCGAUUUUUGCUCAGUGAAAAUAUGCGUGACAACAUUCCCGACGACAUGUCGAUGCUUCAGCCACGUCUCGCCGCCAUGGUCCAUAUUCGGGUGAGCUUCACUGAUUUUCGGCCGAAAUUCUCAAAAAAUGCUUGGCAAACACAAAAACCCGGAGUUUUUAAAGGAAAAAACGAGAAUCUCAUAAAAGUCUAUCAUUUCAGCGUUGCAUGCUGGCCUACGAGAAUGAGCGCAAAAAUCGAAUUCGAUCGUAUCGAUGGAAGUACGGAGGAGCUCUUCCGGUCUCUAUUCGGGUUGGUUUUGCUAAAAUCAUUUAGAAAAAUGCUUACCCUUAUGUGUUUUCCAAGAAAUGAAACAAAAAAUGAGAGGAAAUUGAGGACAACUGGCCGAUAUUGCAUGCUUCGCGGGUGCGCGCGCUGGUCAAAAACGGAAGGGUCUCGUAGCGAUCAGACAAAUUUAUGGACGCGCAUCCAGAAUGAGCGCGCGUUGCGGUAUUUAGGACGACUAGAAGGACGGGGAGAAAAAAAAAGAAAAGCGUUCUGGCCAGAGAGUCCUCUCGGACGGAAGGACCGCAGAACGCGACGCCAAACUACGAACAGAUGAUGACAAAACCAACGAAACAGUCGUAAAGAUCGUUUGAUCUCUGCGACAUUUUUGAACGGUCCCGACCCGGUCACCUUUUGUCAUCAUUUUGGCGUCGCGUUCUGCGCUCUUCCAGUUCGAGAGGAGGACCAGAGCGAUCCUCUUUUUUCCUCCAGCCUCGCCUGCCGUCGCAAAGACCGCAACGCGCCCGCUGUAACUUCAAAGGCGCAUCCCAUUUCUCUGAAAAUUUUACCAAUAUCGCUGCGAGACCCAGUUGACCUACGGCCCGCGCACCGCGAAACUUGUGAUGUUCACUUGUUUUUCUCGCUGUUUCUCUCAUUUUUCGUUCCGAUGCCCCUCUCUCACAUAAAUGUUAUACAAAUCAUGUCAAACAUUAUCGCUGCGUGCCUUUUCCUUUACAUUUUUCAAAUUUAGACAGUGUGAGAUUUUGAAAUAGUACGGUAACGGAAUGAGGAAGGUCUCAAGACACCGUCUUGUCGACAGAGAAGGCGACCUGUGCCUUCUUACCUCAGGCGUUAUCACGUCUUCCGCUUUCACCUUCGGGUCGACGGCCGCCUUCGCGUUCUUGUGAAAGGCGACAGUUCGCCUUCGCCUGUUCAUCGAAGGCGGACGGCCGCCUGCACCCCACAUUCAAAUGCGUCAGGCUGCUUUUUCCUGAAAAAUUCAGACGCCUGCGGUCAGCCUAGCCUACUUUUCUUGAGAAUCUUCCCUAGUCAAUAGAGCACCAGACUCUAAAAAUGUACAGAAUGCACAAAAAUGUUGCAUUAUGUACAUUUAUCGCCUUUCUAUGUGUUCCAAGUGUAUGAACUACUUCCGAAUAUCAUUUUCCAUUAAUUUGAACUCAAUUGGUCGCUUUCGAAUCCCUUCAAAUUGCAGAAUGCGUUGUGCGAGGCGGAGAUUCAGUUUUUCAACGACUACUCGUCGACACUGGCCCGCUACCAGGUGAGUCUGGGCGAGAACGGAGUCAAUUUGCUGCUCAACACCGCACCGCCCAAAACAUUGUUUGUGCAAGUGCGCGCGAUAGAGGAGUACGGAGAAUUCGAGACUUCCGAUGGGACCACCGUUCAGUUGACCAAGGAUAGCAUGGUCCGUUUUUUCUGCACAUUUCUCUGUAAAAAAUCACAAUUUGCAGCACUCAUUGCCACGUCAAGACUGCGAAAUGCUCAUUCGACAAGGAGUUCUUGAGCUCGUUCACUAA